AUGGACCCCGAAUCAGACGAGGAUGUACCUGUCGAUCCGGAAGAGUUCAAGGAGGCACUGUCGAGACCGCCACCGGUCAACAGUGGCUAUCUACCACUACCUUGGAAGGGCCGUUUAGGAUAUGCUUGCUUAAACACCUAUUUGCGGUACUCCAAUCCUCCCGUAUUCAGUUCGCGGACAUGUCGUAUAGCAUCAAUCCUGGAAAACCGUCAUCCUCUCAAGGACCCUACUCAGCCUGCUCAUCCUACCAAGAACCGCCCGGACCGGGACCAACCGGCGGAUGAGGCACGAGGAAUGGCCUAUGUGCAGGCACUAGGGCUUGCGAACGCAAGAGACAUUGUCAAGAUGCUGAGAUGGAACGAUAAAUACGGAAUUAAAUUUAUGCGUCUGAGCAGCGAGAUGUUCCCAUUUGCAAGCCAUGAGGUCUACGGUUAUCGGCUUGCCCCAUUUGCCUCCGAAGUCCUUGCUGAAGCUGGUCGAGUCGCGGCGGAACUGGGACACCGUCUUACUACGCAUCCGGGCCAGUUUACCCAGCUAGGAUCACCACGUAAGCAAGUGAUCGAGAGUUCCGUCCGGGAUCUUGAAUAUCACUCGGAGAUGCUGCAGCUGCUGAAGCUUCCACCGCAGCAGGACCGUGAUGCAGUCAUGAUUCUCCAUAUGGGCGGGGUGUUUGGCGACAAGGCCGCUACAUUAGAUCGGUUUCGCAAGAAUUAUAAGGAAUUGUCGCAGGAUAUAAAGAACAGGCUCGUACUCGAGAACGACGACGUCAGCUGGUCGGUCCAUGAUCUGUUGCCCAUCUGCGAAGAACUGAACAUACCGCUCGUCCUCGAUUUUCACCAUCAUAACAUUAUCUUCGACUCUGAUAAGGUCCGCGAAGGUACUCUGGACAUUAUGUCACUAUACGAUCGGAUCAAGGCCACAUGGACGCGAAAGGGAAUCACACAGAAAAUGCACUAUUCGGAACCCACGCCGUCUGCUAUCACCAACCGACAGCGGCGGAAGCAUAACCCGCGCGUAGCGACGCUUCCUCCUUGCGACCCGACCAUGGAUUUGAUGAUCGAAGCCAAGGACAAAGAACAAGCUGUAUUCGAGCUUAUGAGGACAUUCAAGCUACCAGGAUAUGAUCUUUUCAAUGACAUGAUACCCCACGUGCGAAACGACGAAAACAAGCCUGUCAAAACGCCAAGGAAGUCUCCGAAGAAGAACAACGGCUUUGUUGAUCUCGAACAACUUGUGCCGCCACCGCCGGUUGUUCCGGAAGAUGAAGUCGGAAUGGGUGGUCCUGAACGGCGGGUCUACUGGCCUCCUGGAAUGGAGGAAUGGCUGCGCCCGAAGAAGGUCGUACGACUCAAAUCAGUUGCGAGUCCCUCCAAGGGCCGGAAGGCUAAAGCCAGCAACGCACCAUCCAAUGGAGAUGGUGAAGACGAUGUCACGGAGACCCCUAAGGCCAAAGGUGGAAAGAAGAGCGCUAGCACGCAGAGUGCCAAAAAGGCGGUUACCAGGAAGAGGAAGGCUAUAAGCCCAGCAUCUGUAUCAUCAGCUUCGGAUGAGGAGGAUAUCGGCUUGUCGGACGCCUCUGAAGCUGCACCAUCUCCAGCACAGACCACGCCGGCACGUCGAAGUCGACGCGCAAAGAAGGUCAAUUAUGCCGAAGAUGACACAGGGUAA